ACGUCUUUCCGCUUCCGACCUGUCGCGCAGUUCCGCCAUGGCUGCCGAGGAAGCGAGUCGUAGUUCUCCUAGGUCUCGGCGGGAGCCGAAGGGGCGCGCCCCGCGGCAAGACAAGUAUUCGGUGCUUUUGCCCACUUACAACGAGCGCGAGAACCUACCGCUCAUCGUGUGGCUGCUGGUGAAGAGCUUCUCCGAGAGUGGCUUCAACUAUGAAAUUAUAAUCAUAGAUGAUGGAAGCCCAGAUGGAACAAGGGACGUUGCUGAACAGUUGGAGAAGAUCUAUGGGUCAGACAGAAUUCUUCUAAGGCCACGGGAGAAAAAGUUGGGACUAGGAACUGCAUAUAUUCAUGGGAUGAAACAUGCCACAGGCAACUACAUAAUCAUCAUGGAUGCUGACCUCUCACACCAUCCAAAAUUUAUUCCUGAAUUCAUUAGGAAGCAAAAGGAGGGUAAUUUUGACAUUGUCUCUGGAACUCGCUACAAAGGAAAUGGUGGUGUAUAUGGCUGGGACUUGAAAAGAAAAAUAAUCAGCCGUGUGGCCAAUUUUAUAACUCAGAUUUUGCUGCGACCAGGAGCGUCUGAUUUAACAGGAAGUUUCAGGUUAUACAGAAAAGAAGUUUUACAGAAAUUAAUAGGAAAAUGUAUUUCUAAAGGCUACGUCUUCCAGAUGGAGAUGAUUGUUCGAGCAAGACAGCUGAAUUAUACUAUUGGCGAGGUUCCAAUAUCAUUUGUGGAUCGUGUUUAUGGUGAAUCCAAGUUGGGAGGAAAUGAAAUAGUCUCUUUCUUGAAAGGAUUACUGACUCUUUUUGCUACUACAUAAAAGAAAGUUAUUCAUUUAUACUUAAUCAUGUUCAAUUCAAUUUAAACAUGGAAAAAGCCUCGUUGCUGAAUUUUAUAAAAUGUACUCUUAGAACAUAAAUUAUAAGGUAAGGCAAGUCUAUCUUCUGGAGAAACUCCAUUUUAUAUGUCAAAUUAAAUUAGAAAAAUGAGCAGUGUUGUCAAUUUUCGUUUACAUUUUGCUGUAUUAAGACCUAUAAAUAAAGGUAUAUGGAAUUUCUGCAUAAAAAUACUGCUGCUUUCAUUAAAGUAUAUAAAUGCAGGAUUUCUUACCUGGGAAAGAUAUUGAAAAAGACUGAAUUCAUACCUAAUACAUGUCAGAAGUAAGAUGAAUGCUAAUUACACUCAUGAAAUAUAUAUAUGACUGUUUCCAUAUGAACUGAAAAAUACACCCCUCUGCUUGCUCUUUUACAGUGUACCCCAAAUUUCUUAAACCAGAUAAUACAUUUAGAGUACAAUUUAAAUUUGGGUCUUUGCAACUGUUGACUUGAUAAAGCAUUUCACGUGUCAGAGCAAGUCUGUUUAAAAUACAUAUCGUGCAUUGGAAGCAACAACAUUUUAUUGCAUAGUUGGUUUUUUUCUCUUCUGGGCACAAACUUCUUUCAGUAAAGAAAAACAUUGAUGACAUUAAGGCAUAAAUCUAGCUGCUGUGAUAAUUUUUAUUUUUUGACCAGGCCAUGAGGCCUGUGGGAUCCUACUUCCCCAACUAGGGCUUGAACUGGAGUCCCUGGCAGUGAAAGCCCCACGUCCUAACCACUGGACCGCCAGGGAAUUACCACCAAUUUUUAAACAACUGUUUUUUCCCUCAGAAUAAUCUGUUUCCAUGUUAUUUCAGGACCCUUAACAAAGCAUACAUCUUCAGUAAUAUGAGUGAAUCCCCUAGGUGUCUUUUGAGGAAACUGUUCCGGAAGUUAAAAGGUGGUUCAGUAAAGCCAGCACAGAUUACUCUGUUUACCCAUUUUAAGUAGGUAUUGCAAAUAAGAUCAAUUUCCAAUUAUAACAUAGCUUUUAGAUCAUGUAGUAUCUUUUAAAAUUUUGAGUGAAACAUACUUUGAGCAAAUAAGCUUAAAAUCAAGUUGACUUUUCAUUUACAAGUAAAAGGGAGAGGCACCUCUAAAUGAAAUAAACAUAUCUAGCGGACAGUGUAUUUUCCUAGUUUAAUUUGGCUGCUAAAGCAAUUUAAAAUCUGAUUUUUCCAUUUGCAUUCCUAACAGAUCUUACCAGAAAUGAAUACCAGAGUAUACAACCUUUGGUGUCAUUUUGAACACUACCUAUUCCCGUAGUUGAAUCAUAGGACAUGUUCUAAUAAGGGCCAGUAGUAUUGUGUUUCCCUUUUGUGCAGAGCUGAAUAGCUGGCCCACCGUGGACCCCUCUCUUUGGGGAAAUGACUUCUGUCAUCACUGAUGAUAACUAGAAAAUUUAUCAUCACUGAUGUAAAAUUAGUUUUAAGCUAACAUAAUAGAAGUAAUUUUUUGUAUGUUUUCUUUUUCAUCUAAACCCAAAGUUAAAUCUUUAUUGUCAGCUAUGUGGAGCAGAGAUUAAAGAACCACCUCAGAGAACUCACUACUGAAGUAUUGCCUUCUUAGAUGUCACUGGAGUAGGUUAGGUACCUUUUGCCUUUUUUAGUCUUUUGAUUCUUACUCCUACAAUCAUUACAACAGUUAUCACUGUUGGAAUUUACUGUAAAGUAUUUGGGCAGUGAAAACUCACCAUUUGGAAGUUAUUAGAAAAGAAUCUGGACUAUUUAGAUGCAUUUUUGUAGUAAAUCUGGUGACUUAAACACUAAAAUCUUUUUAAACAUUUGCAUGUGAAUCCAGCAUCGCUUUUUACUUUGUAAAUGGGGCCAAGGAUGAAAUCCAGAUGUUCUCCAUUUGUAUUGGUAUUAUCUGUGUAUGAAUCUAAGUAUGGUAUCUAAAAAAAACUAAAAAUUAUUUUGUUUAUUUCAU